CGGGCAUCUUCGCCGCCACUUCCGGCGGCGAGCGAGGCCGGGAGGCAGCGAACGGGACGGGCGGAGGAGGACGAUUGGCCGAGGAGGACGGUGGGGUGCCGCCGCCGCGCCCCUCCUCCCCUGCCACACAGCUUCCAGACCAAGGACACACAGAAGAGCAGAAAGAAGAUAACAAGAGCACCGAAUGCAGCGAACUAGGAAUCAUGGAUCUGAAAUUCACUUCAUCCAGAAAAUAUGUUUCCAUCAGUGUACCUUCCAAAUCUCAAACUAUGUCUCCUCAUAUCAAAUCAGUAGAUGAUGUUGUCGUUCUUGGCAUGAAUCUCAGCAGAUUUAACAAACCCACUCAGUUUUUCAUCUGCGUUUCUGGAGUUUUUAUGUUUUAUCUAAUCUAUGGAUAUUUACAGGAACUGAUAUUUUCAGUGGAAGGUUUUAAACCUUUUGGUUGGUACCUCACUUUAGUACAAUUUGGAUUUUAUUCGAUCUUUGGACUAAUAGAAUUGCAGUUGAUUCAAGACAAAAGGAGAAGAAUUCCUGGCAAAACCUACAUGAUAAUAGCCUUUUUAACAGUGGGAACUAUGGGUUUGUCAAAUACUUCUUUAGGAUAUCUGAAUUACCCUACUCAAGUCAUCUUCAAGUGCUGUAAGCUGAUUCCAGUUAUGAUAGGUGGGGUUUUUAUACAAGGAAAACGUUACAAUAUUGCAGAUGUGUCUGCUGCCCUUUGCAUGAGUCUUGGAUUAAUAUGGUUUACUUUAGCUGACAGCACAGUUGCACCAAACUUCAACUUGACAGGUGUGGUCAUAAUAUCCCUUGCCCUCUGCGCAGAUGCAGUUAUAGGAAAUGUACAGGAAAAAGCUAUGAAGUUGCACAAUGGCUCUAAUUCAGAAAUGGUUUUGUAUUCCUAUUCAAUAGGUUUUGUAUAUAUUUUAUUUGGAUUAACAUGCACUAGUGGAUUAAGCCCUGCAGUAACGUUUUGCUCAAAGCAUCCAGUUCAGACUUACGGUUAUGCAUUCCUUUUCUCUCUGACUGGAUAUUUUGGCAUAUCCUUUGUUCUAGCUUUGAUUAAAAUCUUUGGUGCCCUUCUGGCUGUAACAGUAACAACCGGAAGAAAAGCAAUGAGCAUUGUGCUUUCUUUUUUGUUCUUUGCAAAACCAUUCACAUUCCAGUACGUGUGGUCAGGCUUACUGGUUGUCCUUGGUAUAUUUCUUAAUGUUUACAGUAAGAAUAUGGAUAAAAUCAAACUGCCUUCACUUCAUGGACUUUGGAAAAAAAGUGUGGAAGAAAGAAAAACAAGGACGUUGUCACAAACUGUAUAGACAAUGGUUUAUGCCUUGCCCAGACUAAGACAUUGUUUUAUUGGAACAGAUUUCAACUGAUUCACUUUCCAAAGGGAACAUUAAUAAAACCAAAGGAGCUGAAGGCAUAUUGUGUGCUUGCAGGUUGCUAGAAAAUGCACAUUUUUGUGAGCCCUUUCUUCAGAGCACUUGAAUUCAUCGUGAGGCGUAGGCCAGUGUCAGGCAAUGAAGGACCCAGCGGCUCCUGGCAAAGCGCUGAGAAGCUGCGCUCCAAGUGGGACACAGUGGGAGAUUAAUUUGGGCAUUUUAAUAUUGGCCACGUGGCUGAUCUGAGAUCAGUUCUUUGAUCUGAGUGGUUCUUUGUUAAUUGUCUAGGUGGAGUAAUUUAAAUGUGAUACUGUAUUAACAUCUAAUGGAAUCUAAUCAGCAAUCAGUUGACCAAAUACCAAUUUUAAAGGUGUGGAAGGUUUAGAAUCUGGUAUGUUGUCACUUUUUUUUCAUUUUAAAUAAAAACAUUGGGGUUUUUUUUAAGUUAUUGAUUAGAUCAUCACGGAACUUGGUAUUUAUUGUAAUAAUUGAAAUUUUUAUGAAAAUUUUAUGGUGUUACUCUUUUUUAUUAUUGCUUGCACGUAAAAUAAUGAGAUUGAUUUUUUACAGUCAACACUUGUGGUUUUUGAAGGGGGAAAUGGGCUUUUCAGCCUGAAUGGGGUCAGAACACAAUGAAAAAGUCAUGAUUGUAACAGUGGUGCCAGGAAACUGUUAUUUGCUUAUUCUGUGGUGAAAUACAAAAUUUUUAGAGGCCUGUGAUCCUUCAUAUCAUACUUGUGUAAACAAACUCUAAAUUAGUGACAUCAAACUCUUCAUUUUCGGUGUUGGAGUACAGAGUAAUAGAAUCUACUAGAGUAUUUGGAAUGCAUGUUUUGUCAGUCUUUAUCCUGUGAUGAACUUAAGAGGAUCAGAGUACAGAUUUCAAUUUUCUUUAUUUAAUGACAGGAGGAGACAAUGUACUACCAGCCAGUCAUUUUCAUCCUUUAUUGAGGAAAAUCAAGUCCAUUUAUCUCUCUUUGAUAUUUAACUCACUUUUUAAUCGCUUGCCAUCUCUUUCAUGUUAUAUAUUUAACAAUAGCACUUAAAAAUACUGGUCACCUUACAGUUCAUCUUUCUCGUGUAGUCAUGAUUUCUUGUGUUGUU